AUGAGCCAAACAUUCUCGCUUCCCAGCCUACCAUACGCCUACAAUGCCCUUGAACCCGCCAUUUCGGCGCAGAUCUUGGAGCUUCAUCAUGCCAAGCACCACAACACGUAUGUGACAAACCUCAACAAGGCCCUUCAAGAUCAGGCUGCUGCGGCAAAGGAGGGUAAUCUCCCGGUCCAAGUCAAUCUGCAACCGAUCAUUAAUUUCAAUGCUGGCGGCCAUAUCAACCACUCACUCUACUGGGUAAGCCUCGCACCCACCGGAGCUCCAGAGACGAAGAUUGAGGCCGCGCCAAAAUUAUGGGAAGCUAUUCGGAAGCAGUGGGGAGACGAGAGUGCAUUCCGUCGCAAAUUCAACGAGGCCCUAUUGGGCAUUCGGGGCAGUGGAUGGGGAUGGCUGGUUCGCCAGGGGAACCAAGGACCGUUGGCUAUUACCACGACGCAGGAUCAGGAUAUCGUUGGCAAGGACCGGAUACCUAUUUUUGUAGUAGACAUGUGGGAACAUGCGUAUUAUUUGCAGUACCUGAACGGGAAAGCCGCCUAUGUCGAGAACGUGUGGUCAAUCAUCAACUGGAAAACUGCAGAGGAUAGAUAUCUUGGAGGAAGUGCCGAUGCCUUCAAAUUCCUCAAGGCGGCAAUGUAG